AACCUCACAGCUACACACACACUCGCAACUUUAGACAAUCCAAGACCCUUUCCCUUGCAAAAAAAAAAAACAGCCUUCAACCCUCUUCCACCACACUACACAUCAUGUCUGCCUCCCAGAGCGAAGCUUUCAAGCAGGCUGUCAUCGACAGCAAGAAGCUUACUGCCAAGCCCACCAACGAGGAGCUCCUUGAGCUUUACGGCCUCUACAAGGUCGGUACCGGCGAAGAGAUCUCCACUGCCGCCAAGCCUGGCAUGUUUGACCUCAAGGGCAAGGCAAAGCAGAACGCGUGGCAGAAGGUUGUCGACGACGGCACUACCCCUGAGCAGGCCCAGGAGAAGUACGUCGCUCUUGUCAACAGCCUCAAGGAGAAGUACGGCUACGACGCCAACAAGGAGCCCGAGGCCGUUGGCGCCUAACUCACUAUACCCGCCUACAACGCCCACGAGAAAUGACACGGUUGAUACGGAUUAGCAAUGGUUAAGGCUAGGAUGUUUACCGAGAAAGAAUCCAGGUUCAAUAUAAUGAUACUAGACUCGCUCCAGCCAACUCGCUCCGUGCCGUGUCUGUAACAAUUGCUGGCAAUCUAGCCUAUUCGACGCCCCAAAAUCUUCCCAUACUGUCUGGCUCCGUAUGAGCCAUGCUCGCCACCCACGGUAUCUCGUCUUUACCGUAUGACUGAAGCGGAAUACUGUAGGGGAUUCUCAUUCCG